AUGUCAGAGAAGAAAGGAUUUGGGUCGAGAAUCUCGUCAAUAUUCAACCAGGGCCAUAGUAGUCUCAGUCACAAUGAAAAAAAAUCAAAUGCUCACACAGUGUCAGCGUCAGUGUCAGCGUCGCCGUCAUCAUCGUUGUCACCACAACUGGGCUCCUUGCCGCCGCCGCCUCACAAAUUAUCGUCACAUUUACGUUCAUUUUCUCCAUCGCCAAAAGUAUUGGGGAAACACCAGUUGAAUAACAGUAGGCCCCAGUUGACCAAUAAUCGAAGCAAUGCUUCACUAAACUCGGGGCUACCAACACACGAAGAGCGAGGACUUCGUUCCCAGUCCUCAAUGAGUACAUUACGCGCUAGCACUAGCGCUAACCCUAAACCAGCACCUGCACUAGCACCAGCACUAGCACCAGCACUAGCACCAGCACUGCAACAUGCAACAAUGCAGGCAUCUAAACAAACGCCACCGGCGAAACCGAUAAUUGAUAUAACAGCCAGUGGCUCCGUUUCUUCAUCUCCAUCGCCAUCUUCAAUAUCAGCUGCAAGAGAUCAACUAUAUGCGCAACAACCAAAAUCUCUCAAACGACAAUUGCCCAAUUCGCAGCUAAAUGCAUCACAUGCAUUGCAAGGAUUGCAAACACAGGAGUUGGAUCAAUAUAGGCUAUCGACUUCACGAUCCAACUCUUCCAUGUAUUCAGAAAACGCUGCUGAUCUAAGUAGUCCCAAAUCUAUUAACAAAACACGUCGAAAACCACCAGGUGAUAUAGAUUCAUUUGACUUUGGAGACAAUUGGCGUUUAUCAAGCUCGAAAUUGGGUAACGAUAGUCCAGUUUCUGGCUCGUCAUCCAGAAGGGACACGGAAACAAGAGUGAGUCAUGGUCGUGGAUCGCAGGCAGAUUCAGAGGGAGACAUUGAUAAUUUUUUACAACUUGGUGAUUCAAAUACUGAAAACAGUAGCGUGUAUGCUCAAAGUAAUAUGGAAAACAGAGGUUUGUUUGAUCAAGAUGGAACACGCGAUGCGGAUAGAACACCGGCCGUUGGAUAUGUACAUGGAUUUAAUGUCUCUAAAUUAACGGAGAUGAGAGACCUUGAUGGACAUGCGAAUUAUAACAGGUAUGGUGGUGAUGCACCAUAUCCUAUUCUGUCACCAUUUAAUUCAUCAACAGAGCUUAACGAUUUCACACCCAAUGAAUCACUUGAGAAUUCUCCUCAUAUUAUUCAAAACUACUUUAUGGAUAGCGAAGAUGAAAAUAUAAACCCGUUUGAAAAGACGCUAGCGUCCAAUGCAAGCAAUAACUUAUUUGACUCUUCGGAAUCUUCAAAAGCAUCAAGUUUUUCAAUUACUUCGCCGUAUCAAGCACCAAGACCUUUUGAUUUCUCCACCACCUCCGCCACCAGCACCACCAACCCCUCAACGAGCUCAUCUGCAGCGGCGCCAGUUAUGCCUCAAAAUUCAAGAGGCUCCACGUCCUCGCCGUCAUAUUCAAGAACGCCGUCAAGAAAGCAGCCUAAUAAUGUAUCAAUGUUUCCGCAAACGCCAGAAACACCACCUCACCACUCACAAAUGUCACCAUCACACUAUCAGCAAGUACAACCACCACAACCACCACCUUUGCAACACCAAUCCACAGAGAGCUCAGGGCUUUCCUAUUCCAAUCUCAGUUCGUUGAACUCCUUUGGCAGACGAGGAUCUCGCGAGGGCCCCUCGUCGUACCAUCGAGCAUCAAGCUCAAUGGGAUCUAUUCGAAGCUCAAAUUCAUAUCGACAUGUUACCCUUGCUGCUCUAAAGAAAACAGUGAGUUUGAAGCCAGGCGAGGGUGAAAGAUCAAAUUAUGUUCUUACGAUUAGAAGAAAUGCAGGUACAGCAUUUAAUGAACUGGGACCAUCCAAGUGGAAAUUACCAGUAGGUAUUCUACCAAUCGACAAGACGGCGACAAAGGAAAACUCAAACGGGAAAUAUAAACGACUUGCAGGUAAUUCAGGAAGCAGUAGUCGUAAAAAGACUAGUGGUGUUGAAUUGAAACACGGCCACUUGAAGCCUAGGUUAUUGGCUACUGAAAUUGAUGAGGGUGACGAUUCUACCGCAUUACACAUGCCUGCCCUCCCUACCACUACCACCGCACCAGCAAUGGCAACGGGUUCUACUGCACAGCUAAAUAAUCCAUUAAAGAAUACUAUUUCGCAAAACUCACUGAUUACAAAAGCAUCAAGAGAAAAUUCACUUAAAAGAACAGUUACUGACGGUUCUUCUUUACCUUUAGGAGAAACUCAGAGUAUAGGCAGUACCAACACAACAGCAAGCACCAAGGCUAAUACUAAUGAACAUAAUCUUAAAAGAACAGAUUCUAUUGUGUCUAGUGAGAGUUCAGGCAGCAUCACCGAUAAAUUUGGAGGAUAUUACCAACAUCGUGCCUAUAAGUAUGGUGACGACGACAAAGAUGAACAAGAAGAAGAAGAAGAAGAUGUAGAAAUAUCUGGAAAAAUCAUGGAUGCAGACGACGGCAUUGGCAAUAUCGACCAAGUAUUUGGCUCCCAUGGAAUUUCUGGGAAUGGAAGAGCCAAUGGCCGCGAUACCGAAGAAGAAAAGCCCAAAUUGGUUUUGGCUAACCCCGAUGACAAUAGUGAUUCAGAUUAA